AUGAACAGGAGCGCCAUGGGGGAGGACCUCUUCUGGGCUAUCCGUGGCGGAGGCGGCGAGAGCUUCGGCGUCGUGCUGUCGUGGAAGGUGCGGCUAGUCCCCGUGCCGGAGACCGUCACAGUGUUCAGCAUCAUCCGGUCAAGGAACCAAUCCGCCAUCGAAUUGAUUACCAAAUGGCAAGAGGUGGCGCCGGUUUUACCGCAAGACCUGUACCUCCGCGUGCUCGUGCUGAACCAGCAGGCCAAUUUCCAGGCGCUGUUUCUUGGCCGGUGCGGCGACCUCCAUCGGCUCAUGCAAGAUCGCUUCCCAGAGCUUGGAAUGACGGAGCAAAACUGCCGGGAGAUGAGCUGGGUCCAGUCCACGGUCUUCUUCGGCUUCUCCGCGACGUCCGUACCACUGAAGCAGCUCCUCAACAGGAGCAGCAAUCCGCGCUACUAUCUCAAGGUCAAGUCCGACCACGUGCAAGAGCCCAUUCCAAGGGACGUGUGGGAGAGCAUAUGGACGGCAUGGCUCGAGAAGCCGGAGGCCGCGCUGCUCAUGCUGGACCCUUACGGUGGCUUGAUGAGCAGCAUCUCGCCAUCGGAAACGCCGUUCCCGCACCGGCAGGGGAACCUUUACCAGCUCCAGUACUACUCCUUCUGGUACGAGAACGGGACGGCAGCAGCGGAGAAGCGAAUGAGCUGGGUCAGGGGACUGUACAAGGAGAUGGAGCCUUACGUGUCCAGCAACCCAAGGGCUGUGUAUGUCAACUACAGGGACCUUGACCUGGGGACGAAUGAGUUGGACGGUGACGUGACGAGCUAUGACAAGGCUAGAGUCAGCUGGGGAGACAAGUAUUUCAAAGGAAAUUUUAAGAGGCUGGCAGCUGUGAAGGCCAUGGUGGAUCCCCAUGAUUUCUUCAGGAAUGAGCAGAGCAUCCCUCCUCUUCCCGCUGCCAAAAUGAUACCGUAGAUUCCAUUUGAUCUGAUCUGAUAUGGGCGCUUUCAUUUCUUUUUCUUUCGAGUGUGCAGUGCUCCUGAUUGUCUUUGCAUGUUUCGCCUCUUCAUUUCGGUCUCUAUGGCCAAAAUGUUGUGCGUCUUGGUGAUAUGACGUGUUUAUAAUCAUGGGUGGAAAAAAUGUAAAGUUUAUGAAAAAUAACAAAUGAAAUGGAAUGAUAUUGUCCCUU